AUGGCAGUAGCACCGUUGAUCUACUCGUGGUCCGCGGCCAACACUGCUGGAGAGACGAAGAUGAAGGUCACCACUGGGGCCCUCUUCAUAGCCCAAUGCGCUGGUAACGUUCUCGGACCCAACCUGUACACCACGGGAGAAGCACCGCUUUACCAUCGAGGGUUACUCUCAAAUCUUGCCUUGUUUGUCGUACUUAUUGGACUGUACGCCGCCCAAGUCUUCUACCUCAUGAUCCUCAACAAGAAGCAUUCAAGCACCCACAAACGCCUAGGGAAGCCUGCAUUUAUUAACGAUGUGUCCAUGAGCUGA